AGAAGCACACCUCGAGCAGUUCGAGCGCGAAGUGGAGGAAACUUUGCCAGCGGCUGCAUCAUCAACCACAAUUUCGGAGCGAACUCGGAAUAAUGUGCUUGGAACGUGGGAGAAGGCGCUUGAUGACCGGCUAUGGAAGAGGAAGGUCAAGAAGCGGCCGUAGGACAGGCCAUCGAUGAGCUUCGGCCUUUGAAACACUUGGCGGAAUCGACUGCAUCGGACUUUUUACGGCGGCAACAACAUAAGGAGAAUGCGACCCUGCAAUCGGGGAGAGCCGCACAACAAGAACGACGACGACGCUUGGCGGCGAUGGAAAAGCAAAAGCGGGAAGCGGAAGAACUCGUUGAACGGUACAAUAUCAAGUUGCGGAACAAGGAUGAGCAGCUGGUGAAGUUCCUGUACGAAGACUAUCAGCGAAAGCAGCGGGAAGCCAUUAUAGAGGGUCGUAAACUGCAAAAGGAGUCCGAAUCAGCCCUCAUCUCAGAGAUCAAGAAGAAGCAGCAAGCAAAAGAAAAGUUCUACCGGGAUCAGCUGGAGAUCUUGACCGAGCGAUUGAAGGAAACUGAGAAAGAGGAGGAUCUUAUUUUGAAGGCUCAUGCCGAGGAGAAGCGAAAGCUGAUACGUGAGCAUAAGCAGUCCGCAAAGGUUCACAUAUCUCGGAUGAAGGAAAAGCUGGAGGUUGAUGUAAACGACAUUGUUUUCCGGGAGGCAGAUGCUCGGCAGCUGAGUGCGGAUACGGUCUUUGGAUAUCGGCGCGCAUGAAAGCAUCGAUAUUUGAUAACCGUCGCAGGCGCAAGGAAAAAGAUACAUCAGGCUUUGCGGUCUGCUGGGGUCUCACCACCUGCUUCAUCCUUUCUUGUUCUUUUUGGCAAUCUUCAAUAUAUCUGAGGUGACCUGUCACCUCAGAAUUACAAUGUCUGCAUAUUUGGAGGCUCUGCAUGCAACUCAUACCUAUCUAGCAUGUAGCAAACCAUUAUGAAGGGAAAAGAUGGGUCGGAGCUGAUUAUGCACCGCUCGCCUGUCAAUUAUAUAAGAGACGCGGAGCAAUUGCAGGCCUGAGUUUGAUCGCUCCACUGAGCUCCCCCCCUUUUGGGGGAGAGCUAGCGAGCGACCUUCGCGGGCGAAACCGCGUACACGUAUAUUAUAAAUGAUAAUAAAUACA